AUGACACUUGUCAAUAUUGACAAUACAUGUCUGAACGACGCCGAACUUGUUGAAGAGCGAACGGAGGUGAGCCUCGGAGGAGAUGGCACUGACAAAGAGGGUGCGGCUCAGAACCUUGAUGUUACCCGGGCUGAUGGAAUAGUCCCACUCGAGGGGCUUGGGACCAGGCGAGGGGAGAUUAUUGUCUUUCCGCAGCAGGGAAUGAGACCGGCGUUUCCAGCCCGGCGGGCUACGUUUACGGUAUUCGUUACCCCGACGACCACUAGCAUCGCGAGGAUCACCUCGGCGCCCAGGAGAUUCACCGUAAUACUCGUCGUGCACCGGUCUGUCGUGGCGGCGAGGCGGCGAGGCGGAGUGACGUCGGUCCCAACCAGGAGAGUGAGAAGGACGGCCAUACCCACCGGGAGGAGAGCUAGAAUGGUCACGAUCCCUCCUGCGAUCACAAUCGACACGGUUCUGCGUGUCAGGGUGGCCGCUGCCACCAGAGUCCUGGCAGGGUAUCGCGUCAAAGCCAGGAAGCUGAGCGGGGUUGCCCCACCCAUGGUAUCGGUUAUGUUGACGAGUUGCAGGGCCGCAGCCCACUGGUCCUGCGAGAUGCCCUGCUGCGACAGUAAUUGCAGCAGCGGAAGAUGCCGGGACAUCGCGUUUCCAUCCAUCGCCGGAGCGGCGGCUGGCCACUGCGGAAGCAUUGCUUCCAAUGGGUUCGGAGUCUGGCUAUGGCUCUGCAGCUGCGGCAUGGCAGGGUUCUGGCCAAGGCCACUAAGAGCGGCAACUGGAUUGGCCAUGGUGUCAGCACCAGCACCUGUGUAUGGGUUAGCCGUCGAGGGUGGCAGUAGAGACGAAUCGACAGACGAAGCGAGAUGCAGAGCCGCGGCUGCCGGGGUCAGGGUAGCGAGCCGGUUGGUGGGAGAAGCGGACGUCACCGUGCUCCGUUUAGCCAUAUCGGUCAGCGGUUUGAGUAUACCGGUGGUAUCUGUUGCCGCCGCGGGCGAGCCAUUGGUACUUUGCAGCAGAGCUGGGGCUUCCAAAGGGCUGAAGCUGGGGGGCGCGUCCAGAAAGGCAUACGUGAGUGAUAAGAUCCGCCAAAGCAAUAAAGCGCAAAAAACUGCCGACACCACGUCCAAGAUUGAGCGGUCGCGGGAGAAUACGGCCAUUGGACGCGAUUUGCACCCAGAGGCCCAGCCCCAGCCUGAACAUUCGCGCCAAGUCUAUGUGUACCUUUUGAUCUUGCGGGGCAUUGUUGAUGAUGUCGGUCAUCAGCACGGGCAACAACUUGGUCACUCGGUCGACGCCACCAGCGAAGGUCCCAUCCGGCGCGGCGCUUCGUGGAGGCCGGCCAGCCUUGCGAGUGGCGUCUACCCAAUGCCGGGUUAUAGAGUCGACCACAGAGAGAACGCCCAGCUUGUGGGUGGCGGGGGCCUUCUUGAAGUGGGUGUAGAUUUUUUGGAUGAGAACGGGUUCAUCCUGAGGUGCAGGUCUCAACCAUCUCAACAAUCAAAUAUCUCAGGAGUAGGGAACGUGGCGUACUUGAACAUUGGCGGUGCACAGUCUGGUGAUACUGUGAACCUUGGAGCCUGUAAUCCCGGGAGGCUUCAGAGCCAGCAUGGACCGAAGGUAGCUAUCCAGCUCCGCUACAGCCGACGACAUGAUGGGCUCGCGAGUCUCCGCGAGACGGAAAUGUCUCAAACAGCGAAGGUCCUGGUCUGCAACGACCAAAAAGAGAAGACGGUGGGCGGUGGUUCUACCUGCGAAGCGAGCAGAAGAAAGAAAAAGUCAGUUGUCCAGGGAGAAGAAAAUCUGUAA